CGUGGCUCCUAAGGGCUGCGGUGGAAAGUGAUCUUUGCCCCGGCCUCGUGGAGGUGGAGAAGUAGCGCGUGGGAAGGCACCUCAAUCUUUUUUAUAGGCUACCACUGAGUGGGAGUCAGGUCGGGGGCGAGGACUGGCGACGCCUUGGCCGGAUAUUUGGCGCGAAUUGGAUCGCCUUCUCCGCCGAGACUCUGCUUCGGGCCUCUGCGCUCCCCACCCCCUUAUCUCGGGAUGUUGCUUCUGGUGCUUCUGCUGCCCCUCUCCUGGGCCGUGGAAGUCAAGAGACCACGGGGCGUCUCUCUCACCAACCAUCCCUUCUAUGAUGAAUCUAAGCCUUUCACUUGUCUGGAUGGUUCGGCCACCAUUCCUUUCGAUCAGGUCAACGACGACUACUGCGACUGCAAGGAUGGCUCUGAUGAGCCAGGCACAGCUGCCUGUCCUAAUGGCAGCUUCCACUGUACCAACACCGGCUACAAGCCCCUGUACAUCCCCUCUAGCCGUGUCAACGAUGGGAUUUGUGACUGCUGUGAUGGCACAGAUGAGUACAACAGUGGCACGGUCUGUGAGAACACCUGCAAAGAGAAAGGGCGGAAGGAGAGGGAGUCCCUGCAGCAGAUGGCGGAGGUCACCCGGGAAGGAUUCCGUCUGAAGAAAAUCCUCAUCGAGGACUGGAAGAAAGCCCGGGAGGAGAAGCAGAACAAGCUCCUGGAGCUACAGGCUGGAAAGAAGUCUCUAGAAGACCAGGUGGACAUGCUGCGGGCAGUGAAGGAGGAGGCUGAGAGGCCAGAGAAGGAGGCCAAGGAGCGGCACCAGAAGCUGUGGGAGGAGCAGCAAGCUGCCUCCAAGGCCCAGCGGGAGCAGGAGAUGUCAGCCAAUGCCUUCCAGGAGCUGGAUGACAACAUGGACGGGGUGGUCUCCGUGGCUGAGCUACAGACCCACCCGGAGCUGGACACUGAUGGGGACGGGAUGCUGUCGGAGGGGGAGGCCCAGGCUCUCUUCAGUGGGGACAUGCAGAUGGAUGCCACCUUGUUCUACGAUCGAGUCUGGGCUGCUAUCAGGGACAAGUACCGCUCCGAGGCUCUGCCCACCGACCCUCCAGUAUCGUCAGCUGCUGACACGACAGAGUCCAGGGAGGAACAGCAGCCGCCUGUGCCCCAGCACCCCUCAGAGGAAGAUGAUGAGGAGGAGGAGGACCCUGAAGAGGAGGAAGAGGAGGAAGAAGAGGAGGUGCAUGGGGAGCAGCCUAAGGAGGCCCUACCUCUCCAGCCCCCCCAGCCCCCCAGCCCAGGACCCGAAGAGGACAAGAUGCCCGCCUAUGAUGAGCAGACCCAGGCUUUCAUCGAUGCCGCCCAGGAGGCCCGCACCAAGUUCGAGGAGGCGGAGCGCUCUCUGAAGGAGAUGGAAGACUCCAUCAGGAACUUGGAGCAGGAGAUUUCCUUUGACUUUGGCCCCCAUGGAGAGUUCGCCUACCUGUACAGCCAGUGCUAUGAGCUCACCACCAACGAGUACGUCUACCGGCUCUGCCCCUUCAAACUAGUCUCCCAGAAACCCAAACAUGGUGGCUCCCCUACCAACCUCGGCACCUGGGGCUCCUGGGCCGGCCCAGACCAUGACAGGUUCAGUGCUAUGAAGUACGAGCAGGGCACAGGCUGCUGGCAGGGCCCCAACCGCUCCACCACCGUCCGCCUGCUGUGUGGGAAGGAGACCGUGGUGGCCAGCACCACAGAGCCCAGCCGCUGUGAGUACCUCAUGGAGCUGGUGACGCCUGCUGCCUGCCCAGAACCGCCCCCCGAGCUGCCCCCCGAUGGUGACCAUGACGAGCUGUGAGUUCCAGCCGGCCUGUGGCUGCAGAGAGGUCCUCCACAGGUGAAGCCAGCCUCCAGCAGUUUGUGGACCAAGGCCUGGGCCUGCCCUGCCUGGGGUUCCUGGCCCUCCUCCCUGGGACAGCAACCAAGUGGGGCCCCACUUUCCAGCCCCUGGUGGGAGCUGAGCUGCCUGCAGAUCCCAGUGGUGGCUUCCAAAGAUGGAAUGAAGACACUGCCCCUCUCCUGGGGCUCACCCCUGUACCUGGUGCCCAGCCCCUGGCCCCAUCCCCCCCACCCCCCACUCCUGGCCAGGGAAUCAGACAAUGUGUGACCUCGGACACAAUAAAUGUGACUCUUUUCCCC